AAAGAAGAAUAAUUUUAAUUAGAUUGAGGUUCUUGUAUGGAUUUGAUCGCUCCAAAGUCUGGAACAGGUCUAAGGAGACGUAAUUCAUUUAGCACAAGUGAUGCGUCGAGUUCAACUGUGAAAAGACGACGCAGGUGUCCAUCUAUGCUAUCAUUGAAUGAUCCGAAAACCAUUGGUGAUGAGAACCAGAUUUUGACAUCAACAACGCCGAUUGUGGAUCAGUCUAGUAGCGUUGUAACGGCCACCACACCAACCACCCCGACUACCCCAACAACUGUGAAAAGAAGUUCAAAGUACCGGGGAGUCAGCAGACAUCGAUGGACAGGAAGAUACGAGGCUCACUUGUGGGACAAAGGGUCAUGGAAUGCAACACAAAAGAAAAAGGGAAAACAAGGCAAGAAAGAUGGUCAUUUUAUAAAUCAAAAAGACUUCAAAUAAUAAUAUAUAGUUGGUCUAUCAUAACUAAAGUUAUACUACGAGCUCCUAUACCAGCAUAUAAACGCUAACUCGAAUUUUGUUAUUUUGAAUCCUGUAUAUAUUGUGUUGGAUGCAACUAUUGGAUGAGGCAGUUUAUCUUGGGGCAUAUGACGAAGAAGAAUCUGCAGCAAGAGCAUACGAUUUGGCUGCAAUCAAGUAUUGGGGAACAUCGACUUUCACCAAUUUCCCGGUGACAGAAUAUGAAAAGGAAUUGGAGAUAAUGGAAAAUACUACCAAGGAGGAGUAUUUGGCCACCUUAAGAAGGAGAAGCAGUGGCUUUUCAAGAGGUGUGUCAAAAUACAGAGGGGUUGCAAGGCACCAUCAUAAUGGUAGAUGGGAAGCAAGGAUAGGAAGGGUUUUUGGCAACAAGUAUCUCUACCUAGGCACUUACAGUACUCAAGAGGAAGCUGCCCAUGCUUAUGAUAUUGCAGCCAUAGAAUACAGAGGAAUAAAUGCAGUAACAAAUUUUGACUUAAGCACAUAUAUAAGAUGGCUGAGAACAGGUUCCAAUUCGGUUGGCAGCAGCGGCGCCUCUCAAUCCCAAGAUCAACCUCCGCCUCCAGAAACUAUCAGCCACCAAGUUAACCCACUCAUAGAGGAGCCUCAGUUUCAUUUUGGGCCCGGUUCAUUACCAUUGGGGAUACCUUCUGAGAACCAAGAACGCAUUGAUACAAAGAUGCUGCCUGAUGCCAAUAAGGAAUCAUCACCUUCUCCUUCUGCUUUAAGCCUUCUCCUUAGAUCAUCUAUGUUUAAGGAACUCGUGGAAAAGAAUUUGAAUGCAGGACAUGAAGAAGAACAUGAUACCAAGGAGACAAUGAAAACAGAAGGGAAUGAAUUUCGAGGGAUGUUUUUCAAUGGAUUGGAUCCUUCCAAGGUUGGAAUGGAAUUGGAUGAAGAAGAUGAUGAUAAAGAUGAGUUAUCAUUGUUUAGGAAUCCAAACCAGUCGCUAUGGAAUGGAUCUUUGAAUAUUAACACGCCUUCUUCUAGGCACUAACCGUCUCUGAAAACAGAUGUGUGUAUCCUUUCUUAACAUUAUUGAAACAUAAGUUGCUUUUGGUCAGAAUAAUGGUUUUUCG